AUGGCUUAUCAAAAUACUUCUCCAGUCGUCAAUACCUCCGGGAAAACACGCCUCCUGGAAUCCCUAGAACGAGCUAGAGAUCGUCAAGGUCCAAGCCUGGGACAAUGGCUUGCGUUACCGGGGCAUGCUCUCGCCAAAAUCGUUGCACCUCUUGGUCAAGAUUGGGUUCUUGUUGACUGUGAGCAUGGCCAUAUCGAUGAUCACAACAGGUACCUUCAAAUCAGUGCCAUUUCGUCAAGUGGCGUGUCACCAGUUGUUAGAAUUCCGGCCGGUGAGCCGUGGAUGGUGAAGCGAGCACUGGAUGCAGGAGCCCAUGCGAUCAUGGUGCCGAUGUGCGAGACGAAGGAACAAGCGAUGCAGAUUGUUGAAUCCGCCAAAUACCCCUCAAAGAGUUACCCAAAUGGUUUCCGAGGCACUGGCGCCAUGUUUGCUCCAGCAGCUUUCAACCUGACCGGUCGUGACUAUUUGAUCAACGCAAAUAGCAAUGUGAUGAUAUUCGUGCAAAUCGAGUCUCGCAAAGGCGUGGAAAACGUUGAGGAGAUUGCCAAGGUUGAUGGUAUUGAUAUGCUCUUUAUCGGGCCAAAUGACAGAGCUCGGGCUCUCUGA